CACUCAAAUUUUUACAAAACCCUAAAAAGAUAUAGUAAUAAAAACAAAAAGAGAGAUAAAGGAGAGAAUGUGAUGAGGGAAAAAAUAAAAAUUAAACAAUCUAAAGUUCCUCUCUUCUUUUAAUUCCUUCAUCUUCUUUCUUCUUUUUUUCUCUCCUUUCUCUUUGUUGGGGACUCUGGUAUUCCCUUCUUCUCUCUUUAUUGUGAUUCUCCACCCAUAUAUUUCCAAAAAAUUCAAUCAACCUUUAUUAAAGAUAAAGAGUAAAGGAGAUCAAAGAAAAGAAAAAGAAUUAAACCAUGGUUUUCUCUUCUUUUCCAAUCUAUUUAGAUCAUCCUAAUAUGCACCAUUUACAACAACAGCCAGAUCAUCAUCAACAAGGAAACCCUGGCCUUGACAAUCCUCAGCUCCUUCCGCCACCCGCUCAGGUGGGUGGUGGGCCGGGCUCAAUCAGGCCCGGUUCAAUGGUUGAUCGGGCCCGGAUGGCUAAGCUUCCACUGCCGGAAGCUGGACUUAAGUGUCCGAGGUGUGAUUCCUCGAAUACUAAGUUUUGUUACUUCAAUAACUACAGCCUCUCCCAACCGCGCCACUUCUGUAAGAAUUGUCGCCGUUAUUGGACCAGAGGAGGCGCCUUGAGAAACGUGCCGGUGGGAGGCGGCUGUAGGAGGAACAAAAGAAAUAAAAGCAGUAACAACAACAACUCAAAAUCAGGAGGAGGAGGAGGAGGACAAAUGGGUAAUUCUAAUAAUGCUUCAACAAGUGCAAUUCCUUCAAGUACUUGUAGCAUGGAAAUGAUUGGGCACCACUUUUCACAGUCAUCUACACAAUUUACACCACUUAUGGCUGCUUUCCAAAACCUAAAUAAUUGUGGAGGAUUAAUUCAACCUCCUCAUCAUCAAUUAUUUGGUGAAAUGGGAUUUCAAAUAGGGAGUAACAAUUUAUUGCCAUCUUUGGUAGCUUCUAACUUUGAGAAUCCAACAAAUUUGUACCCUAAUUUUCAAGGUGAAGGUGGUACUACUACUACUACUAUUGAAGCAUCAAAUGGAGUUUCUCAACAAGUGAAAAUGGAGGAUAAUAAUGCUACUAAUAGACAUGGGAGUAUGAAUUCAUCAACCAAACAAUUUUUGGGUACUCUUGAAAAUAAUCAAUAUUGGGGUGUUGCAAAUGCAAAUGCAAAUUCUUGGAUAGGGUUUUCUGGUGAUAUCAAUAAUAACUCCUCUAGUACUACCAACCAUCUUCUAUGAUCAUAUGUUAACUUCAAUUCUCAAAUUGAAAUGAUUCAUGGAUGGUAAUUGACUUCAAAAUGUUGACCCCUAAGUUAUAAGAAAGUGAAGAUUCGCGGAGCCACAGUACUAGCUAUGGAAACUCAUAAACUAAAAGUUCUAGCUCUGUCUCUGGGGAUUUUUUCGAUCUCAUCAAGAUCAUGUUGUUGUUGAGGAUGCAAUCAGAGAUGCAUGGUAGGUUUUGUUUUGUAUUUCAUUGCUCUAAGUUAAAUAUAUCUUUGUGAUGUUUGUUUAAUUUCUUUAGUGUGUUGUAAUUUUAUUUUAUUUUGAGGGGGAGUUCUUUUAUAACGUGUGAAGUUAUGUGAGUUUUUGGUAUCUGACAUUAUUAAAUUUGUACUUUCCAUGA